GACGCAGCCCAUUUUCUUCAGCAGUUGAGAAUCAGCACGGGCCGAAUCAGCAGCGGAACCCGGAGGUUUCUGCCAACUUUAAUAAGGAUACCCGGUCGGUUCUGAUCCAGCGGGAUAACGCAACAUGGUGGUGGUCACAGCAGGAGCCGGGGGGGCUCACAAAGUGCUCCUCAUAUCCGGGAAACACGCCGGCUCGUCCGGCGGCUCGCAGGCGGCCUUCAGCCGGCCCAUAUCCGUCGUGCUGCCGUCGGCGGCCAACCAGGCGUCGUCCGACUCGGACUCGAACAGCUCGACCGGGCCGCCGGUACGAAAAAGACAGAGGCUCACGCACCUGAGUCCGGAGGAGAAAGCACUACGCAGGAAACUCAAGAACAGAGUCGCAGCUCAGACUGCCAGAGACAGAAAAAAGGCCAAGAUGGGGGAGCUGGAACAGCAGGUCCUGGAGCUGGAGCUGGAGAAUCAGAAACUUCACAUCGAGAACAGUCUGCUUCGGGAACAGACAAACGGCCUCUUGACAGAAAAUGAGGAACUAAGACAGAGACUUGGGCUGGACACCCUCGACUCGAAAGAGGAGGUUCAGGUUCUGUUGUCCAACGGGAACGAAACAGGUUUGGGGAUCGGGUCUUCUGAGCGCAGCACUCAGGCUACGUGUGCCUCCGCAGCAGGUGCAGGCCCAGCAGUCUCUAAAUCUGAAGACUUCUCAAUGGAUACAGAUAGUCCUGACACUACAGACAAUGAGUCUGAUCUGCUACUGGGCAUUCUGGACAUCCUUGACCCAGAGCUGUUCCUCAAGUCUUGUGAGCAGGAGUGCCAGGAGCCGCAGGUGCUGCUGGUCGGAGGGGGGGACCCAGUACCUGCCACCACACCUGCGUCUCUGGGGGCCCCACCAGCUAAGCUGGAAGCCCUUAAUGAACUGAUCCACUUUGACCACAUCUACACCAAACCCGUGGAGGAGGUGGGCGACGGGCAGGGCAGCGACUCGGAGAGCGGUGCAGACGAGAAGAUCCACGACGAGGAUGACUUUCCCAUUAUAGAGGUGGUGGUGGAGGAGGCCGGCGUGAAAGACGAGCCGGAGGAGGUGGUGAUCCCCAGUCAGGCGGAUGACCUUCUCUCUGCGACCUCCUCCACGGCCAUCCGCAGCCUGGAAAAGGAAGCCUGCCUGGCGGACACGUACAGCGACUCCGGAUACGAAGGGUCCCCUUCCCCGUUCAGCGACAUGUCCUCUCCCCUGUGCUGUGAGGGCUCUUGGGACGACGUGUUUGCUAAUGAACUUUUCCCCCAGCUUAUCAGUGUCUAAAUUGACCCCUCUCAGCCAAACGAGUACACGUUCAUAUACAUGUAAGCGCUAAUGUGUAGUGUUCAUCGAAUUCAGAACGCUUUAUAAUAACGCCACUGAUUCUGCUUGUACGUAGACUCAGUUAAGCACAUAAUCUCCUUUACUACAGCAGGUCUGUACCACUGGCAACGCCACAUUGACUUGUGGUAGAUGGAGUUCAUAGACUCAUUUUGGCUUCACACAAUUACUGCAGAGAUCUAUUACAAAUCUUUCACUCAGAAUAUGGGUGGGAGCCAGUAUUUCUGUAAAUUGAAAGGGGGAAGGGGACCGAGCAUUUAAAUAACUUUAUUUAUUUGUGUGGUGUCUUUGGAGUCCUUGUAUUGUUCGCAUGUACAAAAAGCUUUCUUCUAAUUUGUACACCGCUCUCCUUGUAGUCUAAUUGCAGCAUUAAAAAAAUUUUUUUUGCAUUGCA